AUGUCAAAUAAAACAUAAGCAGCAGCACUUUCUGUUAGAGGUUAAAACCCUUAAAACCUUAUAGAGGCUGUUAUAAGAAAUAAGAUAUAUUAAAAUAGAUAUUGGAAAGAAAAACUACCAGGUUUAACAGCAGCAUCAAUAAUUGACGAAGCAUUGGAAUUAGAUUAUGUAGGAGGCACUUAUGGUGGCAAUAGAAAGCCAUCUAAAUUUUUAAUGCUAUCAUUAAAGUUACUAUAAAUCAGUCCUGAGAAGGCUGAAGUUAUGGAAUAUAUUAACUAAGAAGAUUACAAAUAUUUGACUGCUUUAGGAUGCUUUUAUAUUCGUUUAGUAGCUUCUUCAGAAGAUAUUUACAAAAUUUUAGAACCACUUUAUGCAGAUUAUAGGAAAUUGAGAUUCAGAGAUUUAGAUGGAUCUUUUAAAAUAAUUCAUAUGGAUGAGUUUGUUGAAAGCUUAAUAAACUAAGAAGUAUAUUUAGAUACCUUACUUCCUAAUAUAUAAAAAAGAAGAGUUUUAGAAGAAAAUGGAACUUUAUAGCCAAGAGCUAUUCCUCAGUUAUUACAAUAAGAAAUUGAAAGGGAAGAAGAAGAGCUAAGAAAAUAAAUGGAAAUAGAAGAAGAAUAAAAAUAAUAAGAAGGCGAAGUAAUAAGUAAUAAUUAAAGUAAAGGAGAUGAGUAAUAGGAAUAUUCAGAUAGAGAUAAAAGCUAAGAAAAGAAAAAGAAAAAGAAGAAACAUAGAAAACUUAGUUCUUCUAGGUCUAAUUCAAGAUCUAAUUCAAGGGAUAGAAAAAAGAAAAGUCAUAAGCAUAGAUCUUGGCGUAGUGUAAUAAAGGGAGGACCGAAUAGAGAUAGAAGAUCAAAAUCAAGAUCAAGGUCCUCGUCAAAUGAACCUAGAAGAUAAAAACAACCUGAUAAAAACUCAAUAGAAUUUUGGAAUUAGGAAAGAGCUAAAUUAGGCCUACCUUUAUUGUGA